CCAGAAGGGAGACGUGGACAUGCUGAAGGAGCUCCAGCUCUCCCUGUUGGUCAUCCUGCUGCUCUCCUGUGGCUUCCUCUACCAGCUCACCCUCAAGUCCAGCUGCCUCUUCUCCUGCCUGCCUCCCCACAAGUCCCAGCAGGGGCCGGAAGCCCUUCUGGGCAAGGGACGCAGCAUUGUGUUCCUAGAGACCUCUGAGAGGACGGAGCCGUCCCCGCUGGUCUCCUGCGCUGUGGAGUCCGCUGCCAAGGUUUAUCCCGAGCAGCCGGUGGUGUUCUUCAUGAAGGGUCUCAGCAGCUCCAUGCAGCUGCCCCCAAACUCCACGUACCCAGCCUUUUCCCUCCUCUCAGCAAUAGACAACGUUUUCCUCAUCCCUUUGGAUAUGAAAAGCCUGUUUGAAGACACUCCACUGUCUUCAUGGUACACUCAAAUCAACGCCAGUGCAGAGAGAAACUGGCUCCACGUCAGCUCAGAUGCGUCCCGCCUGGCCAUCAUCUGGAAGUACGGGGGCGUCUACAUGGACACGGAUAUCAUCUCCAUCAGGCCCAUCCCUGCCGAGAACUUUCUGGCCGCGCAGGCUUCCCGGUACUCCAGUAACGGGGUGUUUGGGUUCCUGCCCCGCCACGCCUUCCUGUGGCAGUGCAUGGAGAACUUCGUUGAGCACUACAACUCAUACAUCUGGGGCAACCAGGGUCCCGACCUGAUGACGAGGGUGCUGAGAGUGUGGUGCAAGCUGGAGGACUUCCAGGAGUUGAGCGACCUCCGGUGUUUGAACGUGUCCUUUCUACACCCCCAAAGGUUUUACCCCAUCUCCUACCCUGAGUGGAGGCGUUACUAUGAAGUGUGGAGCCCAGAGCCGAGCUUCAAUGACUCCUACGCCCUGCACCUGUGGAACUACAUGAACCAGGAAGGGAAGGGUGUGGUGAGAGGCAGCAACACGCUGGUGGAAAACCUCUACCGCAAGCACUGUCCCCGGACUUACAGGGACCUGAUUCGAGGCCCGGAGGGGUUGGUGGCUGGGGAGUCGGGCACAGGUAACAAAUAGAGCCAAGUUCGUUGCUGCUACAUCGUGGAACUAGAUACACGCUUCUCCGGGGGCCUUACUUCCCCCGGGGCCUUGCUGCCCCCUGACCUCCACUUCCCCCAGGGGCUCAGUGAUCUAGUCCUCUACCCACUCUCGGUACCCUCUGGACCUGGGACAGAGCCUGGCACACGGUGGGCACUCAAGAACUCUUGGCUGUAUUGAAUGUUGAACUCUGCCCAGCUAAGGGAAGGAGGUCUGGGUUACAUGCAUGGCAGGUCUUGGUCAGCCGAGGAUGCAGUCCUUAGCGUUUAGCCUUACGGGCAAAGUAGACCAGGGUGCAUGUCAAGUGCACUUUCUCACAACAGCCCUGCAAAAGAGGGUGGCCCAUUUGCACAGGGGGAAAUGGAGGCUGGUGGAAGUGGCAGUCACAAACAGCUACCCUCAGAGCUUUUUUCUACACACACCAGGGACACACUGGGGACAGAGCUGCGAAGCAAAUGCUCUCAGCCCCAGAUUUCACACUGGGCUGCACUCAGAGGACACGCACCGACUGCCAGGCCCCAGGCUGAGCCUAGAGAUGCUUUAGCUAAGUUGUGUCUCAUGAUGACCCUCCUCGGGAGAGUUUAUUUUUCCCACUUUACAGAGAGGUUAAGUGACUUUCCCAGGGGCACACAGCUUGGGAAUGUGGAAUGUAAAUGAAUCUUUGACUCCAAAUCCUAGGCUCUUCCCUCCCCUGCAGUGGGUAGCAGGAACCCUUGGAGAGAUAAGCAUGCCUAGGUCCUAGUCCCUGCCCCAAUGAAAUUUUUAGCAUUUUAAAACUUGUGAAAAAAUAUACAUACCAUAACAUUUGCC